GAGGACCGGAGAGGGGGAGGGGCGGGUUUACAUCCCCGGUCGCGCCCCCCCGCCCGGUCCCGGCGAAGAAAUGGUGGUGGACACCUCCGCCUAUCGGCUGCUGCACCACGCGGGCACCGGAGCCCCGUGCCUCAGCCUGGACGUUGUGAGGGACGAUUUGGGGGACGACCGUGAGACGCUGCCGCUGUCGGUGCUGCUCUGUGCUGGGACUCAGGCAGCCACGGCGCAGGGCAACAGGCUGAUGGUGCUGAAGAUGCAGAACCUCCAUGGGCCGCGGCGCCGUGGGGCCGACAGCGCCGACAGCGACAGCGACGACAGCAGCGAGGAGGAGGAGGAGGAUGAAGAGCGGAGCCCCCAGCUGCACCUCGCCAUCAUCCCCCACUACGGCGCCAUCAACCGCGUGCGGGUACUGAGCCACAGCGCCCCAUAGAUGUGUGGGGC